GAGGAAACCGGGCCGCGCGCCAAUGGGAAGCGAGCGAGUGCCACAACAAGCCAAUAGGGAGGGAGCGGUGCGGGGUUUAAACCUCAAGCGGGGCCCGAUUCCUCCCGGCGUGCUGCGGAGGAACGGGCUGCUGGCCUGCGGUGGCUUCAAGGUACCCGGCUGGUCGGGGGCUCCCGUGCUCUGGCUUCUCCCCACUGAGCUGCUGCCUGGUGCAGAGGAAGCCAUGGCGCUCCGGAUCACCAGGAACACGAAAAUUAAUGCUGAAAAUAAGGCGAAGGUCAGUAUGGCAGGCGCAAAGCGCGUGCCUGUGGCCGCUGUUGCAGCCUCUAAGCCCGGGCUGAGGCCAAGAACAGCUCUUGGAGACAUCGGUAACAAAGUCAGUGAACAGCCACAGGCCAAAUUGCCCCUGAAAAAGGAAGCAAAAACUUUAGCUGCUGGAAAAGCUAUUGCUAAAAAACUACCUAAACCUCUGGAAAAAGCUCCCGUGCCGGAGCCGGAGCCCCAGCCGGAGCUGGAUCUGGAGCCAGAGCCAGAGCCGGAAACCGAGCCUGUUAAAGAAGAGAAACUUCCCCCUGAGCCUAUUUUGGUUGAUACUCCCUCUCCAAGCCCCAUGGAAACAUCUGGCUGUGCCCCUGCAGAAGAAUAUCUGUGCCAGGCUUUCUCUGAUGUAAUUCUUGCAGUGAAUGAUGUGGAUGCAGAAGAUGGAGCAGAUCCAAACCUUUGUAGUGAAUAUGUAAAAGAUAUCUAUGCUUAUCUGAGACAACUUGAGGAAGAGCAAGCAGUCAGACCAAAAUACCUACUGGGUCGUGAAGUCACUGGAAACAUGAGAGCCAUCCUCAUUGACUGGCUAGUGCAGGUUCAAAUGAAAUUCAGGUUACUCCAGGAGACCAUGUACAUGACUGUUUCCAUUAUUGAUCGGUUCAUGCAGGAUAAUUGUGUGCCCAAGAAGAUGCUGCAGCUGGUUGGUGUCACUGCCAUGUUUAUUGCAAGCAAAUAUGAGGAAAUGUACCCUCCAGAAAUUGGUGACUUUGCCUUUGUGACUGACAACACCUACACUAAGUACCAAAUCAGACAGAUGGAAAUGAAGAUUCUAAGAGCUUUAAAUUUCAGUCUGGGUCGCCCUCUACCCCUGCAUUUCCUUCGGAGAGCAUCUAAGAUUGGAGAGGUUGAUGUUGAGCUACAUACUUUGGCCAAAUAUCUGAUGGAACUAACUAUGUUGGACUACGAUAUGGUGCACUUUCCUCCUUCUCAGAUUGCAGUGGGAGCUUUUUGCUUAGCACUGAAAAUUCUUGAUAAUGGUGAAUGGACACCAACUCUACAGCAUUACCUGUCAUACACUGAAGAAUCCCUUCUUCUUGUUAUGCAACACCUGGCUAAGAAUAUAAUCAUGGUGAAUCGUGGGCUUACAAAGCAUAUGACUAUCAAGAACAAGUAUGCUGCGUCUAAGCAUGCUAAGAUCAGCACUCUAGCACAGCUGAAUUCUGCACUAGUUCAAGAUUUAGCCAAGGCUGUGGCAAAGGUGUAACUUGUGAACUUUGGAAUACUAUAAAAUCUGCAAAUAAAAUUGGCACCAUGUGCCAUCUGUACAUAUUAUAUGUUACAUUUAUUUACUUUUAAUAAAGUUGUAGUCCUUUUUACUUAAA